CCGGAGUGAUCUCCGCGCGGACUUCGGAAUUUAAACCCGCCGGUGUCACGUGACGCGUACCCGGCGUGCCAUGUGACACGAUUUCAAGCGAUUUACGUGUCAGUGCCAGUUGCGUUAUUCGCAACCCGCGACGAACCGCGCUCGUCGCGGCGAUUACGUUUGCUUUACGCGAGUAAUUCGAGUGCCGUUUACUCGCGGCGCGUGAAGCGCAAUUUCGCGACAUCAUUCUGGCGAUUAAAUUAUAAGUACGCGCGUUCGGUUCGCUUUGCGCGCACCCCCGACACGGCGGAUCGAGUUCGCGGCCGCGAGCGGAGAGGUUAGCGCUCGGCGACGCAAUGGCGCCAAGUUCGUAUCGUUAGUGCGUAGUCGGAAGCUUCGCGCGUUGGUUGGUCGGAAAUUGGAUUUCCAAGAGACACUCGAAUCUUCGAGGGAGGCACAAGCGUUGGGGGGGACACCGAGCUCCUCGCAGUGCGGCAGAACCUUUUGCGACGUCGCGUCGACGGCGUCGUAACGAUAACGGAAUAUUAUAACGUUGUACUGUUUUCGGCAAAUUUCGAUUGACGCAAUAAACAUUACACCGCCCGUACUGGACGUCAUCGGUCGAUGCAAGUUUACGUGCGUUUGCGUGUAUACAUCUCGCAUGCAAACGGUUAAUACGCGAGCGGCAUAAGAAGAAGAAGAAACACGGGAGGGCCGGAUAGUCGGCAAUCUUCAUUGAAGAUCGGUCGGCAAGCUGGCAAGCGGUCGCACGGCCAUCAUUGUCGGGAGAGGAAAGGAAGCAAGAAGAAGAGAACGCAGAGAGAAGUCGAUCGGGAGGAAGCGCUGGUGCAUUCGAAGGGGAGGCCGUGAACCCCAAAGAGGAUCCAGUUAACAUUUAAAUGUCACACGAUGCCAUUUCAAUGAUUCGCGGAAAUUAAGAUGCUUUUCCUGAAAAGAAGAUGAAGCAACAUGAAUGAUCAUUGCGUCGGGAUAAUGGACACCCCAGACAGCGCGCUUUUGCACCACUCGUUUUAUUAUAAAAACCCAUCAGCAUCGCUAAGAAGUAACUCCGGCAUCUGGAUCUCGAGGGACUGGAUAUUAACACAUGGCACCGCAUUGAGCUCGAUUAUCAACAAGUAUCAUGCGAUAUCCAGCUUCGUCGAGAACAUGCCAUCGGGAAAGCUCACGAUGGUGCCGCAGGAGUUAACAAACGAGUUGAAAUUUCAAGUGUAUCGCGAUUCAGGCAUCGACGAUGCCUCCAAGUCGAAUUCGAAAUAUCGUGUUCAACAACAUUCCGGUUUCGUUGCGGCCGCCUGGAAAUGUCGGCUUCUCGGCAAGACCUUUGACGAGUUCUUCGAAACGUGGAGCUUCCCCAAAUCAUCGGUCGAGUGUGAUCAGCUUCUGCGAUCAAUUUUCCUUCUCAUUCGCGUCUUCGAUCACAACAAGCCGUUUGUGGAAAUAUCGAUGGCCGAACAAGCCCUGUCUCGUCUGUUGGACCAAUUGCAAGAUCCUGUCCGUGGAACAUCCGCAGAAAUCAUGUCGACGCCCUUCGGCAACCCCGUGUUCAUCAACUCGAUCGCGCGGGGUAUUAUCAGCAACGUCGUCGGCGAAGAGGAUUGCGUUAUCAUGACGGAUGCGUUGGCGUUUCCCGGUGGCGAGGGUGGCCCUGUCUGCAUCAUCUCGUCGGAUUGUAACCGCAGAGAUGUCAGCGGCAUGGUGAUUGCGCCAUUAAGCUGGUGUCGUGGAGAGCAGGUGGAUUACACCUUAGCCGCUAAUCUUGCACCAUGUUUAUUAGAUAUUUUACAAAAAAGGGAUGUUCGUGUUUCGAAUCGUACAUAUCACAAAGAAACAUUGGAUAGAGGCAUCGUUCUUGUUAGAUGUGGGAUUAGUUGGGGCACAGGCAUCCUCGUGGAUAAGGAUACCGGCAUAUUCCUGACAUGCUCGCACGUCGUUGAAGAGGCACCAGGAAGGGAGAUAUCAAUCGUAACGCGUGCGGACAAAUCCAUUUCACGCGUACCGGCGAAGCUUUUGUACAAGACUCCUGACUGUCAACCUUAUGACGUUGCUAUAUUGCAAGUAAACCCGGAAGACAUGGAUCCCUCAUUGAAAGUUAUACGGUUGUCACAUGAUCCGGUUUUGGAAGGUGAGCCGGUGGUUUCCAUAGGAUUUCCGUUCUUCACGUCGAUCCGACCGACCGUCAGCAGUGGCGUGGUCUCCAAGACGACGGACUGGGCGAUCCUGACGACCUGUUGCACCCAUAGUGGCAUCAGCGGUGGACCGAUAGUCAGCCAGGCAACCGGCGAGAUGUUGGGAAUGAUCGUGUGUAAUGCGCACUCCUCGGAUGGCACCAUGCACUACUCGCGGAUGAGCUUGGCGGUGCCGGCCACCGUGCUCAACGGGCCCCUGCAGGAAUACUUGCGCACCGGCAAUCCCGAAGUGUUCCGAGCUUUCACGUGCAAUGACGCGGUAGCGCACAAGAUUUGGAAUUUCCAGCUUCUUCUACCGUCCAAACUAUGAAGAUGCAUUUGAGAUCAUUUGCGUCGCGACUGUCACAUCGCGAAUGAUACCGGGGACUGUCUACAUACACGUAUGUUGCGGAAUAUAUUCACCUGUGAAUCAUGCUAUACUUGCCAAUCGCGGGCUUGAGACAGGCCGCGCGCUAACGCGAACAUAAUCUCGCAUCGAAUCUCGUUGAAUAACGCACGCCAUUGACCGAGUUUAACGCAAAGAGAAAGUUUUUCGUGACGUCAAAUGUAGCGAUCAGCACGCGAAGCGACUCGAGUCAACGAUCCCUUCAUACAUCGCCGGAGACUUUGCCGAUGAAUAAUAUUAUUCACACACGUCGUGGCGUGGUGGUUGGAUUUUACGAGUGGCCUUUGAUAUUGUUUGCACUGUACACAGACAGCGCGUUCGCCUUGUCGCUUUAAGAAAAUAUGAUUCCUAUAAUUUUCUCUGUACAUACGUGGCAAACGUACAUCGUCAGAGUGUAAUGCAAUUCAUAAUAAAUCACUAUUAGAGUGACAAGAGUGACUCGUUUUUCGAAAUGGCGAGAUUUCAUCCCAUCAAGUAUACUUGCCUUGCCAUCUGACAGAUACUCGCGCAACUAAACUUCAGAUUCCUGCGCAGCUUCUUUGAUUCACUCUUGAUUUUCAUCUCUCUCAUUUCCGUGAGUGUGUGUAUGUGUAUAUUUUACUCGCAAUUAUAAAUCUCUGAUAAGUU